AUGGCUAAGACUAAGAUUGAUGUAGAUGAGGGCAUUUGGUCUGUCAAGUUCGAUGGUGAGUUGGUCAAGUUUAUUAUUUUUUAUGCUAUGAAAACUUCCACCAUAGGGCAAGUACAUUCUUUGUGCCACAUUGAUGUGUUUGAUUCUCUUAAGCAGGAGCUUAGAACUAUGAGAGCUGUUAAGAAGUGGACGCAAACGGGGAACCCAGACUACCACAUAGAUGGUCGCAUGCAGAGAAAACUCUCCAGCGCAAAGGAAAAUGUGUUCAAUCAACGCAUGGAUGUUGCGGUUAUAUGGGAUGUCUGUGACGACGAUGAGGAUGACUCAGGAGAUUUAAUCCCCCUUGGAGAGCUUGCCACCUUGUCCAUGAUAGAGCCGAUAAGUAUGCCCUUAUGUUCUGAAGAUGAAUCUUCUAACAAGUGCUGUAUGAUGUCCAUAUUUUCUAAGUAUAUUGAAAAAUGCAUGGAGGUUUUUAUGGAUGACUUUACUGUAUAUGGAGACUCGUUUGCUAAUUUUUUAGGACAUAUAGUAUCUGAGCAUGGCGUAGAAGUAGAUCCUGCUAAAAUUGAUGUUAUUGCUAAGCUCCUUUACCCCACAAAUUUGAGGGAGGUUCGUUCAUUUCUUGGUCAUACAGGUUUCUAUCGUAGGUUCAUUAAAGAUUUCAGUAAGAUUGCUCAGCCGAUGACCUCCCCUCUCCAAAAGGACGUGGCCUUUGAUUCUAAUGACGAAUGA